GGCACGAACGCAAAUGACACUCCUGCGAACCCCAACGACCUCACCGCCAUCCCGUCCGGUCCAACUGCCUCAGCAAACCACGAUGAACAUGGCUCGCGCGGCCAAAAACGCAAGCAGACCCUGCUAAGUUUACUGGAUGCGCUUGCGGAGUUGAGCAAGGAUGAUGAGUUGGAAGGCUCCUCGUCCCAGCAGCCCAGCUUUGAAGAUGAUCGCGACGUUCCCACUGUCGAUGAGCACCUCCAAAAGGUCGGGGCAGAGACGUUCAACAAAUUCCAAAGACGUAUGAACAACCUAGACAAAGAGCUCCGGAAUUUCGCCAACGCUGCCCGGCAGCUUGGCAGCUCCGUCGGCAUCCUGUCUUCAUCAUACCAUCUCCGAGGACGCCUGACACAGGUCCUCUUUCUCUUCCGGGAGAACGCCGCGGAUCUUUUCCCUCGGAAAAUUCACCACCAGUCGCGAGACUCAAUCACGAAUCCUCAGCUGGCGCAAUACCGCAAAUCGAAGCGUCAUCGAGCGCCACCGCAUGUACAUAAUCCGGUGCUCAUGGAGAAGCUUGAGCCCGAGGACUUCCCAGAGCAGAUGCAGAUGUUUGCUCAGGACGUGACCACGUUCUUGGAUUGCCUUAACGAGUUCCCAGAGUUCACUGACGAAGCCGUCAAUUCUGCGAUACUUUCAUUGGAGGGCGACUUGAAGUAUUGGGCAUCAUGCCUCAAGGCCUACGAAGGGCAGUUCAAGUACCCAGCAGUUCAGCGAUACCUUCACGACCUCAGCGCCGAGCUCGGAGACCACAUUGAGAGCAUCACCUCGUCUCUCUCAGUGUUCAUAGAGAUAGGUGUCCCGACCAUUCGCUUUGCGCAGAAGCACGCCAGCCAGAAUCUGCUCAAUCUCAGUACAGUGGCGACCUUCUUUUCCGCCGUCACAGCAACGACGAUGCAAUUUUCGUUUGACAUGACCGAGGGAACGCUCGCGAACGCCGUCAACUCGUUCUGGUUCACCUCAUUGGUGUUCAGUAUCGGUGCCGCUGUCAACAGUCUGUUGGGAGUGACCUGGAAACAGGCAAUGUAUCGUUCACCUGGGCAUCGAGUACCGUGGUGGGUGCUCAUCUGGAUCAAGCGAUCACCAUUAGCUUUCCUUGUGCUAUCCGUUGCCUGCUUCUCGAUCGGACUCGUCCUUUUCGCAUACUCGUCAGGACAACACCCGGUCACAUGCACCCUGACGACCGUAUUCUCCGCGUGCAGCAUCCUCGGACUGACCGCCGUUUCCGCGUGGUUCAUAUCCGAGCGAUGGGCCUUCUCUCGUCACAAUGGCACGAAGUGGCUUGCCGAUGUGCUCUCGGAGACGAAAGUGCGCGUCAAGUCCACGCGCGGCAUCAAAUGGCUCAUCUACGAACCUCGCGCGUGGGUUUGGGCAGCGUCACGCUGGACCAGAGACAGCUUCCGUGCGUUCUCCGAGCACGUCUCUGAGGUCUAUUCUCGCACCUUCAACCGCCUCCGCCCCACAAGCCCGAUGGAUGAAGAGAAGCUAAACGACCCCGAGCGCGUCGACACCCCAGGGAGUCCCCUAGGACUCAGCUCUAGCCCCGAACCCAUCACCCCGAUCUGGCGACGAAACGGGUCCUCGGACCUCGGCACACUACAGCCCAUCAUGGAACUCCGGUCCCCUACAGUCACAAGCUUUGAAGGUGGAGAGGGUGACACCGCGACGAGCGUGACCACCGAGACCGCCGUCGCCAACGGUUCGAACGGACGGCCCCCAGAACCACCCGGGAGGUUCGCAAGUGCGGUCCGUGCGGUGAUCAAGAUGCGUGCGGCGUCCAGCGCGUUCCCUGUGGUAGGACGGAGCGCACGCCGACAGCGGACAAUGAGCUCGGAUGGUCAAGGAGGCAAGGACAUGGAGCCCGUCGGGGUGCUCAAGAACUCGCGCGUUGGGACGCUCGUCCCCAAGCUCAAGAGCAUGCAUCCGACACAGAUGUUCGAGGCUCAUUCAGCGCUUGUGCGGCACUUGCAGUUUUCGCCGAAUGGGAAGUUCCUCGCGACUUCAAGUUGGGACAGAACCUCGGUCAUCUUCAAAGUUGGGGUGAGUAUGAUUUCACAGCAUGAAUCAUUUACAUCUCACCGUAUCUUGGCACACCCUCAAGGUUUCGUCGGUCAAGUGGCGUGGUCUCCUAGUGGUAAUCUACUUCUCACGAAGCUCGGCCGUGGUGUUAAGGUCUGGACAGAGGACGGCGUCUGUCGUCGAACAAUCGAUCGUCGACGAAACGUCCAAUCCAUAGUGUGGCUUCCUGGCGGCGAAGGCAGGCGAUUUCGUUUCCUGUCGGUUGAAGGAAGUGAUGUCACCAAAUUGGAUCUAAACGGCUCGGUUCAAGCACAAUACCACUUUGAUAGGAUGAUUCUGCACGACGUCGCGGUCACACAGGACAAUACUCGCAUGCUCUGCGUUGGAACACUCACGGCUUCUGCGGAUGGCUUACAUCCGAGCAAGUGUCGAGCUGAAAAGCAGAUUAUAGCAUACAACAUGGUCAAAGAGGAGAUCGAAAACCGGGUACCUGUACUUCACGAGGUUCGCGAUAUCACGCUGGCAAGGAACGAUCAAGUGGCUCUUGUCAGUUACGAAAACAAGGCACCCCCUCAGCUCUGGAAGGUGGAAUCAGUCAAAGACACCGUUCGACUGUCGUUGCGCCAUACAUACAUGCCCAAGGUUACAGUCGAUUUCGCCGGACCCAGCUAUUUCGGUGGCAACAACGAUCAAAUGGUGCUUUGCGCUGGCAAAGCUGGGGACAUUCAUAUAUGGGAUCGUGAAUCUGGCACCUUGCUGCAUCACAUCAGGGCACAAACCGUCGGCGGCGACCUCACAUGCAUCGCCUGGAACCAUGCUUGGGAGACCUUCAUGUUCGCCACAGGAAGUCACGACGGUGCCGUACGAAUAUGGACAUCCCCUUCACUAACUUCGCUAGCCUCGCUCGCGUCGGAGGUCAACUCGCUUCUCUCGGUCAGCCGUGGCGCCACGAACACGUUGAACACGCCUUUGCAUACUCCUCGAAACAUCACGCCGAUACCCUUCGAGGCGCCCGAUUAUCGCUCGGAAAGUCCGGUUGCAUUGCAAGGUUCUGACGAAGGUCCAAGCUCAGACGCGUCCCCGGCCACUCUGACACACCCCUCAGCUGCCGUCUCGGCGACAAGUAACACCGUAGGCUCCUUAGACCGCCCUCCAACCGUCACAGUCAACGAAGGGUAG